AUGGAUCUCAUUCUAACACUCAUUUCAAUAUUCUUCAUCUUCCUUGCAUUAAAACUGUAUCAGCAGCAGCCAAGACAUCUUAAACUUCCACCAGGCCCACGCCCCUGGCCAAUCGUUGGAAAUGUCUACCAAAUAAAACCAGUGCUGCAUCGGUGUUUUGCUGAAUUCUCAGAGACUUAUGGCCCAAUCAUAUCUAUGUUUUUGGGUUCGUCGCUGCACAUAAUCGUCUCAAACUCAGAAUUGGCUAAGGAAGUACUCAAGGACAAUGAUCAUCAACUAGCAAAUAGGCACAGAAGCAGAAGUACCACUGUAUUUACCAAAGAUGGGAAGGGCCUUACAUGGGCUGAUUAUGGGCCUUAUUAUUCCAAAGUUAGAAAGAUUUGUUCCGUUGAAUUAUUCUCUAAAAAGAGCAUUGAAGCUCUUAGGCCUGUUAGAGAAUUUGAAGUCAUGGCUAUGGUUGAAGCCGUCUUCAAGGACUGCACAAACCCUUGUAAUUGUGGGAACCCUUUGGCGGUGAGGAAUUAUUUGAGACAAGUAUCAUCCAACCACAUUGUAAGAAUGGUACUUGGGAAGCCAUUUUCGGGCAUCAAUCAUCAAUUCAAGUCAAUUUUGGCAAUAGUACUAAAGGUUGGCGCACCAACUGACAUCGCGGAGCAAAUCCCAUGGCUUCGAUGGAUGUUUUGGCUCAAAAAUAAAGAAAUUGAAAAGCAUCGAGCGCGGUUGGACAUGGUAACCCGAGCCAUCAUGGAAGAGCAUACGCUUGCUCGUGACACAAGUGGUGUAGCCAGGCAACAUUUUGUGGAUGCAUUGUCAAGUGUCCGAGAGAAAUAUGGCCUGGACGAGGACACCAUUGUGGGACUCCUUUGGGACCUGAUCUUUGCAGGCCUGGACACUAGUAUGAUAGCUGCGGAAUGGGCCGUGGCCGAGGUGAUCAAGAACCCAAUGGUCCAACAUAGGGCCCAACAAGAGCUGGACAGUGUAAUUGGACCGGAUCGGGUGAUGACUGAAUCCGACCUAGCAAACCUCCCUUACCUACAAUGUGUGGUCAAGGAGUCGCUACGGUUGCACCCUCCCACUCCCUUAAUGCUUCCCCAUAAGGCCAAUGCGGAUGUCAAGGUUGGUGGCUAUGACAUUCCUAGUGGUUCCACUGUUUUAGUAAAUGUUUGGGCCAUCGGACGUGAUCCGGCCGUGUGGACGGACCCGCUCGAGUUUCAGCCGGAACGGUUUAUGGAGGAAGAUGUAGACAUGAAGGGUCAUGAUUUUAGGCUACUUCCAUUUGGUUCAGGGAGGCGUGUGUGCCCUGGGGCACAGGUUGGCAUCAAUUUGGUGACCUCAAUGUUGGGUCACCUAAUGCACCAUUUCAACUGGACAUUGGCACAAGGGGUGAAGCCAGAAGAGAUCGACAUGUUAGAGAACCCUGGAUUGGUGGCCUACAUGAGGACUCCAUUACAAGCUGUCCCUACACUCAGGCUGCCUACACACUUGUAUAAAUGUGUAGAAAAUCAAAAUUAGCCAACUAUUACUCUGUGUGAUAAUAUCAUUACAGACUUGGCUGUAAUAAAUACACACACACACACACACACACACACAUAUUUGGCCCAUUAAAUUUCUUCUAAGAUCCAAAACUAGUUAUUCAGACAGCCUGAAUAUGAACCAUAGCCCAU